AUGGUCAACCAGAUCCUGCCCGUCCCACGAACCUUCGUGAAGUGGAUGCCCCGACAAGGUCACGCACCCACACCUAACACCAGCUGGGUUGCCAACCCACAAAAUCCUCGACUACCAAAUGCCCCAGCUCCCAGACCUAGUCCUGCCACCCAGACAGAGCCUCGUUGGGACCUCGUACUUCCCGGAGAGCCACUCGCAUGCGACAUCGAAUUCCAGGACUAUCACAUCGCUGGCGAUGUGCAUGGCUCCUGGCACAAGAAAGCCGGCAACAAGCGAUGGCAGAAUCGUCUGGGGUGGAUCUGUGUCGUAAACACACGAGGUGAGAUCGUUCUCGACACGUUCGUCUCUUACCCUAGUGAGGCGAACGUAGAAGCAAAGAUGCCUAGGGCUCCAGGCAAGACUUUUGGCGUCACAUGGAAGCGAGUGGACCCAAGGAACGGCGCCGUAGAUGGUCGUAUCGUCGAGGAAUGGUGUGAGAAGCUAUUCGCCAACCGCACGGUCGUGCUUCAUGGCGGCUCGAACGACAGACGAGCGUGGUACUACCAAGACCCGUUCGCUCGAGCGACUGUUCGUGACACGCAGUGGCUAUACCGGUAUAGCGAGGCAGGUGAGAACAAGCCCUGCCCGGGCCUGGCUCUGUUGGCAGAGAAUCUGCUGAACAGGAUUAUCCAGGUUGGCAACGACCACACGGCGGAAGAGGACGCAUUGGCAACGAUGGAUAUUUACCUCUUGCGAAACGCGUACGACCGCGCUGCAGAAGCGGCAAGGUGGCAGGCAGUGUAUCGCGGCUGA